CCAUGGUCCCUAAAAAAUCAUUCUUUAGAAAACUGGUUUCUUCUCUUGAGAUUUCUUUCAAAACAAUUGCCACUGCUGCUGCUGCUGUUGAGAUUUGGUUUGUAAUUUCAUUAGGAUGUCUUCAUCAAUGAUGAAAAGGGACUACAGGAACAAUAGAUCCGCUCUCUUUGAUGGAAUUGAAGAGGGAGGAAUCAGGGCUGCCCCAUCAUACUCCUCCCAUGAAAUUAACGAGCAGGAUAAUGAUAGAGCUAUGGAUGGACUGCAAGACAGAGUCCUGCUGUUAAAGAGAUUGACAGGUGAUAUACACGAGGAGGUUGAGCAUCAUAAUCGUGUUCUUGACCGAAUGGGAAAUGAAAUGGAUUCAUCAAGGGGAAUUCUGUCGGGAACCAUGGAUCGGUUUAGGAUGGUCUUUGAAACCAAGUCAAGCCGGAGAAUGUUUACACUCGUGGCAUCAUUCGUGGUCAUCUUUCUCGUCGUGUAUUAUCUGACCAAGUAGUGAAGUUCAUCUAGGUUUGCAAUAACUGCCAAGUCCUUUUUCUACCUUGAUACAGUUAGUGUUUUUCGUUACAUACUAUAUACUACUAGUAAACAACCCAUCUGUAUGAUACAUGAACUGUGCGGAGUCUAUAAAUAUCAGUUGUAUAAGAUCUUGGGUACUCAUGUUAAAGGUGUUUCUCUUAAUUUUAUUUAUGCCUUCCGGUAAAUGUCA